CGGCAGUGAUGAACGAGCGGGGGGCCCCCCGCCCGUGGCACAGGGAUGAGGAGCCGCACCCAGGAGGGCGUGGCGCGAUGCCCGCCCACCCCCAAGUAGAAUGAGCACCCGGGGAAGGGGCACCCCCCGGCGCCGCCCGGGCUGCUGACCCUCGGCCCGCAGACCACGAAGCCCAGAAGGCCCCCCUGGACCCCUGCCCCCGCAGCUCCACCAUGAGGCUCCUCGUCGCCUCCCUCUUGCUAGCCUGGGUGGCCGCCGCCACCGCCGCGGUGCCCGUGGUGCCCUGGCGGGUGCCCUGCCCCCCGCAGUGCGCCUGCCAGAUCCGGCCCUGGUACACGCCGCGCUCCUCCUACCGCGAGGCCACCACCGUGGACUGCAACGACCUGUUCCUCACAGCCGUGCCCCCCGCGCUCCCCGAGGGGACGCAGACCCUGCUCCUGCAGAGUAACAGCAUCGUCCGCGUGGACCGGGGCGAGCUGGCCUACCUGACCAACCUCACGGAACUGGACCUGUCCCAGAACAGCUUCUCCGACGCCCGCGACUGUGACUUCCGGGCCCUGCCCCAGCUGCUGAGCCUGCACCUGGAGGAGAACCAGCUGAGCCGGCUGGAGGACCACAGCUUCGCCGGCCUGGCCAGCCUGCAGGAACUCUAUCUCAACCACAACCAGCUCUACCGCAUCGCCCCCGGGGCCUUCGCCGGCCUCGGCAACCUGCUACGCCUGCACCUCAACUCCAACCUGCUGAGGGCCAUCGACAGCCGGUGGUUCGAGACGCUGCCCAGCCUGGAGAUCCUGAUGAUCGGCGGCAACAAGGUGGACGCCAUCCUAGACAUGAACUUCCGGCCCCUGGCCAACCUGCGCAGCCUGGUGCUAGCGGGCAUGAGCCUGCGGGAGAUCUCCGACUACGCCCUGGAGGGGCUGCACACCCUAGAAAGCCUCUCCUUCUACGACAACCAGCUGGCCAGGGUGCCCAGGCGGGCCCUGGAGCAGGUGCCCGGGCUCAAGUUCCUGGACUUGAACAAGAACCCGCUCCAGCGGGUGGGGCCGGGAGACUUCGCCAACAUGCUUCACCUCAAGGAGCUGGGGCUCAACAACAUGGAGGAGCUGGUCUCCAUCGACAAGCUGGCCCUGGUGAACCUGCCCGAGCUGACCAAGCUGGACAUCACCAACAAUCCCCGGCUGUCCUUCAUCCACCCCCGGGCCUUCCAGCACCUGCCGCGGAUGGAGACGCUCAUGCUCAACAACAACGCGCUCACGGCCCUGCACCGGCGCACGGUGGAGGCCCUGCCCAACCUGCAGGAGGUGGGGCUCCACGGCAACCCCAUCCGCUGCGACUGCGUCAUCCGCUGGGCCAACGCCACGGGCCCCCGCGUCCGCUUCAUCGAGCCCCAGUCCACCCUGUGCGCCGAGCCCCCCGACCUCCAGCGCCGCCCCGUGCGGGAGGUGCCCUUCCGAGAGAUGACGGGGGACUGCCUGCCCCUCAUCUCCCCCCGCAGCUUCCCCUCCCGCCUCCGGGUCCCCAGGGGGGGGAGCGCCGCCCUGCACUGCCGGGCACUGGCCGAACCCGAACCCGAGAUCUACUGGGUCACCCCGGCCGGGGUGCGACUGACACCCGCCCACGUCAGCCGGCGGUACCGGGUGUACCCCGAGGGGACCCUGGAGCUGCGGAGGGUGACGGCGGAGGAGGCGGGGCUGUACACCUGCGUGGCCCACAACCUGGUGGGGGCCGACUCCAAGACGGUCACCGUGGCCGUGGGCCGCGCCUCCUCCCAGCCGGCCGGGGGCGAGGGCCGGGGACUGGAGCUCCGCGUCCAGGAGACUCACCCCUACCACCUCCUGCUGGCCUGGGUCCCCCCACCCAACGUCGUGGCCACCAACCUCAGCUGGUCCAGCGCCGCCUCCCCCCGGGGCCGGGGAGCCCCAACCCUGGCUCGCCUGCCCCAGGGCGUCCGAAGCUACAACGUCACCCGCCUCCUCCAGGCCACCGAGUACUGGGCCUGCCUGCAGGUGGCCUUUGCCGACGCCCACACCCAGGUGGCCUGCGUGUGGGCCAGGACGAAGGAGGCCUCUCCCUGCCGCGGAGCCCCAGGGGUGCGCCCCGGGCUCCUCGCCGUGCUGGCCCUCGCCGGCCUCCUGCUGGCCGCGGGGCUCGCCGCCCACCGGGGCGCGGGCCGGCCCGGGCCCGGGGCGGGCGGGCGGCCGCUGCUUCCAGCCUGGGCUUUCUGGGGCUGGAGCGCCCCCUCCGCCCGGGUUGUGUCUGCACCCCUCGUCCUGCUCUGGAACCCGGGGAGGCAUCCAUCCAGGCCCUCGGAAGCGGGGAGGCCCUCGCCCCCGCUCCAGCAUUCCUGAAGCGCGGCCGGUACCCAGCGACGCGGGAAGAAUGAGGAGGACUUGUGGGGUUUUGUGUUUUGUAUUUUACCCAAAGGGCCGGGACCUGAGCCCGGCACCCUGGCCCAGAAAGUGGACGGGCCACGUGCUUGAGGCCUGGCAGCUGGACAGGCAGGGCUCUGCCCUGCGGGGACACACCCAUGGCCUCCUGGAAGUGGCUCUUCCGUCCUGCGGGUCCUCCGCUGCCGCUCGGAGGGACAUCCGCGAGGAACAGGAAGGACUCUGGCUGGAGCCUCCACUCCCCCUCCUCUCUGGGGGGCCGCCCAGCCUCUGCUUGGUUGUCUCCUGCCUGCGCCCCCAGGCCCUUGGCCUGCAGGAUGCUCCCCCCUGCUCCCCUUCCCUCUCUUUGUACAGUCGCAGUUGCUUGCGCGUCCCCCCCUCCUGGGCAAGGGCUGAGAAGAGGCCUCUCCUUCCCAUCUCUAGGGGACCCCCCCCACCCCAAAGUGGAAGUGACCUCCAGCUGGAUCUGAUGGACAUUUGGGGAGAGGGCGCCCAGGAUCGCCUCAUCUCGCAGCCUGGGAUCUCGGAAGCUGACUUUCUAUCGGGCAAUUUUGUACCUUUGUGGAGAAAUGUGUCACCUGCCCCCCACCCCCAAAACCCGAUUCACUCUUUUCUCCUGUUUUUUGUAAAAAAUAAAAAUAAACCAUAAUAAUACGACAGUGAUCAAGAAGGGGAAAAGGAAACGAAAGGGAAAAGAGUCCUUGACAUACCAGGUGGCAGGAGAGACCUCUGGGCCCUGGGGUCUCUUCAAAGCCUGGAAGAGGCAGGGGCGUGGGGCUGGGCAGGGAGUAAGAGGGACCACAGGACAGAAUUCACUUUUUGAGUUGGAUUUUGGCCUCUGGAUCUGCUCCAACCCCCACAGCUGUGAGCAGCAGAAACGGCGGGGGUGGGGGGGGAGAGACAAAGAGCAAGAGAGGCUGAGAACCCGCCAAGAGGAGGGAGGGAGAAAGGAGAAUGGAGGAGGCCAGAAGAGGAGUUGGAGAGAGAAAAAAAUGGCGACAAACCCAGAGAUAGAGAGGGCAAGGAAAUUUCCACUGCCAAGCACGGUUCCCCUUCUCCUGCUCUGAUAAGCAAUUAACAUGCCAGUACA